UAAGUCACUAACACAACACUUUUUCUUUUGUUUUUUUUCACUCCUCCUCUCUCACGCAUACUUCUUCUUCUUCUCCCCUUUCCCAAUUUCUUCUCCUUCUUGCAAGAAUUCACCCAUAAUCACAUCAAAAUUCCAUCUUGUUACGUGAAUUUCGUUCUCCUUCCUCAUGUCAAGAAGCAAGAAAUCAGCAAACAAGCGAGCACCAAGUCUAGACUCAUAUGUGUCUGAGGAUGACGAAGAUUAUGAUAAAUCAAAAUUCAUGUCGUUCUCUGCUCAACUGGAAUAUGGCCCUAUCUCUGAAAAGAGAGUCACACCCGAAAGGGUAGUCCAACUCAAAGAUCAUGAGUUCAAAGUCUUUCAGGAUCAAAUCAAUAGGAGGGGCUGGAAGAAGGUGGCUGAACCACAUCCGUCUUAUCAUCCAGACACUGUGUAUCAAUUUUAUGCUAAUGCUUCCCAUUCUCUGGAUGCAAUAAGACAGAGGGAACGUAGAGCUUAUAUCCCCGAUGAUGACACAAUUGAGACAAUCACUGGUCCAUAUAUCACCACUCAUUGCUCACCUAAGCCUUUGACUGAGGUGUUGAAGAAACUUAGAGACCAAAACCGUAUACCAAAGGAGUCAGCACUAGAACCAGAGUCACCACCAGCACUAUCAGAUAGAGAAAUGCUAUUGCAGAUGCAGGCUCAGCUGGAUCGCCAAAAUCAGCAGCAGAAGGCGUGCUAUACAGCCAUUACUGGGUUUUAUCAGAGUUUUUCAGAGCAUUUAUGGCUCACGCCCUGACUAUGUGGGCCUGCCAUAUUCAGAGUAUCUCCAGAACAAUAAAUGGCUUGAGGACAUGCCAACUACUCAAGUUGGGGAGAGCAGUAGCAGACAAGGAGCUCAGAAGGAACCUGAUGAUGAUGAUGGAGAUGACUAUGAUGCAGAGGACAUGGAUGAGGAUGAUGAUGCAGAGGAUUGAGGACUCUCCACUAUUCAGUGACUUUUUAGUUUUCUGCAUUUUAUUUCAGUUUUAGUAUUUUAAAUACUUUAGUAUGUUGGUACUUUAAUUUUGUGCUUUGGUUUUAGCUCUUUGCUUGAUGUUGGUACUAUGCUUAUGUUUAUUUUGGGAUGGGAGCUUUGUUUUGCUCAAAUUUUUGAUUACUUUGGAAUUGGUUGGUUUGAGAGCAAGCAUGAACUAUGAAAUGCCAACUGAGUGCAUGAUUUUGUGUUUUUAAAUUCAUGAUCAUUGUGUUUUGCAUUCACUUGAUGCCAUGACAUGAUAUUAAUGCAUCAUUCACAUGAGGUCUUAGGCUCAAUUUGUUUGAAAAUGCUUGAAAUCAAGGAUACAUACCUAAGCCGGGUGAGGGAGUGUGACCAAACACUAGAGAGAAUGUGAGAAUCAUCAUUGUUUUACAUAGUUGAACUUGCUUGAGUCUCUAAUUUUGUGGAAUUGCAUGGAAAUGAAAGAAAAUGAUCAAGGCAUUUUGUUCUUUAGUGUAAAUAACUACUUAGCCAUAUAGCCUACCUUUACUUAGGAAAUCACGUUGUUACCCCACUUAAGCCAAAAAUUUUGAAAAUUUCCUUGUUUUGUAUAUGACCCCAAGGUCUAAAAAGAAAAACAAUGUCUCUCCUCACUUUCUUAGUUAAGAGAGCAUGAAUGAUGGGAAAAUGAGAUUGUAUAAAUGUGUAAGUUAGGGGGAAUGGAAACCAUUGAACAUUUAUUUUGUUUUGUGUAGUGAUCAAUGCCAAACUUCUCAAUCUUUGUUUUAAAAAAAUAAAAAUAAAAAAUUUGAUGAAAAAGAAAUGAAAAAAGAAAUGUUAUAUAUAAAAAAAAAAAAGAAGAAAAAGAAAAAGAAAGAUUGAGAAGUGUAAGGGAAUGAAAGGGUUGAGGUGUAGUAUAAAUGAUAAAGGAAUGGUGACAAAAGAGAGACUCUUGGGUAAGGAGAGAGUGAAAGGUUUAUAGUUGUGAUAGAUGUCAUUUUAUGCUCUCUUAGCUUGAAAGUCUUUGAGUAUCCAGAAAAACCAAUAUUCUUUUGAAACCAGGCCUCAUUACAACCCUUAGAAAGACCUAUGUGAUUCUUGAUUAACCAUGCAGUUUGAUGAUGACUGAGAUGGGUAGCAAGUUAGAUUUGUGUGAUUCAUUGAUAGAUGUGAGUGAAACACUUACCCUUGAUCUCUUGAGUGGUGCAUUUAAUGUAAGAUUUCGAGUGAAUCCUUGAUUGAAAAGUAGGAAAUUCAAAGUGUGCUUAGAAUCUCAUGUUGAUAUGCUCUUUUAUCAUGAUUUUGGUUAAUUGUUGUGGGCUUCACAUGAUCUUCCUUGAGGAAAUGUUUUACAAAAUAAAUUCAUGCAUUUUGAGGAGCUUUUGAAAAUGGUUAUUCAGAACUCAUGCUUGUUCAAGAACAUGUGUAUAUAUGUGUUUUGAAAGAUAAUACCUUUUGUUUGAGGGCAAACAAAGUUCCAAGUCAGGGGGAGUUGAUAAGUGUCAAUUUUACCUAAUUUCAAUGAGAAAUAUAGACACUUAUCCUUGUAAAUUCAUGAGAAACCUUGACCAAAUCUAAUUUCUUUUGUUUAUAACUUGUUGUUAGAUGUACUUUAGGAUAGAAUGUGCUUAAACUUGAUUAUGAUCUUGAUUUGUGUUUAAGGAAUGAAGAUUCAAUGAAGAAGACAAAUUUUGGCAAGAAAAUAGGAAUUUGAAGAUGCCCAGGGCGCCCAGCGGUAUGCAGAGGCCGCUCAGCGCCCAAGGCGGUGGCAAUUACCCUCCUCUGAAGUAACUGGCCGCUCAGCGGCCAAAAAGGGGCGCUCAGCGGCCAGGCCCGUGACAGCACAUUAUAAAAGGCCCUUUACAGAUCAAAACAGGGGAUAACUUGGUUUUUGGAGAGAGAAUUCGAUAGAGAACAUAAAGGGAAGGAACUUAGAGCUUGGGUAGGCUUCCAUCGAGCUGGAGCUACGCCGAAGUCGGCACGGAUCAUCACUUCCAUCCUAUUUCUCUUGUAAGCUUGUCUAGCUUCCAUGUCUAUGGAUAGCUAAGCUUUUCUUUGUUAGGAUUUGGUGUAGUACCUUGACUCUAUGUAUCUAAUUUAGUUCUUAUGCUUAUGAACCUAUCUUUCUCUUGAUUUCAAUGGUAUAAUCUUGUUCUUAAA